AUGUCCUCGCUUUUCGCGCCAUUCACGCCGCAUCAUGUACAGCUGAUCAACGCAUGCUACCCUUCUUCAUCAGCUCUCGUCGCUUCUGGCUCGACAUUUCAACCAUUGCCUCAGGAAUUGUCUCGUCUGACGUAUUACGCUUCGAAUAAAGCUGAAUCGUCAGGAAAGCUUGCAAAACUCGGCUUAGAGCUUGAGAAACGCGCCAACUCAGAAGCGCGGAAGGCCAGAACUGGGAAUGCGCGAGCAAGAGCACAGCUCCUUGUUACUAUUUCUAUAUUCAAAGCCAUCACAAACGAAUGCAAGCGAGACGUUGGGUUGUUCACUAGAAUGCUCCUCUCUGCUGUCAGAGAGGCUCUUGUGUCCAUUCCAAACGACUUGGAGCUCCAAGCCAGAGUCGCCAGUUUGUUUACGGCCUGGGCAACCUACACAGACGGCCAGCUAAUAGGACCGGACCUCCGCUCUACAAACGAUUACUUUGCCGUGCUCAAUAUCUUCCAUGAACGAUGCAAGACUACGGGAAAGGAUUCCGAACAUGUCAAUCGGAUGCGGCUGAUUGGUAUUGCAGCCCUGACCUCUGCCGUUUCAUCCGACGCGUUCUAUGGCGCCGCACCAGAGUUUACCAAGCAAGUCAAGAUUACCAUCCCUGCGUUACUCGUAUCUCUGCAUGAAGCUGGUGCCGACGCUUUGAAGACAGAAUCUACAGCCGUAGCUGCGGAUCCGUCUCCAAAUUCUCCGUAUCUCUCAGAGUUUCAGCCGCGCCCAGUUAUGGAUAGGAGAGCGCCUUCGAUACACAUCCACGUCGACGGGCAAAAAGGACCUGAACUUUCAGACGUCGUCAAUGCAUCACUUCGAGCUCUAAGGACGCUACUGGGCCGGUGCAAUGGAACCCAAGUUGCCACCGUCUUUGAUGCAAUCUUGCAAAGUAUUCAUGAAGCCAAGAUGUGGGAAAACCCUUCGAUUGCCAAGUCGUACGCAGAGCGGACAGUUGAAUGGACACAGUACCAAUAUCGAUAUGCGAUUCCCAAUCAGCUUGUGGAUCAGUUGAUUGCCAUUCAAGAUUCACCGUCGCCUUCACCCAAGCACUUCGCGUUGGUCGAGAUGCUCACUUCCAUCUUCAACUCGCCGACUCCGCUCAUCAAUAUCUCCACUUCUGAUAUUAUUUCGAGCCUCAUGGCCGUGUUAUUACGACGGGUCAGUAUAGACUCGGAGGAUGGUCUCCUCGUCCCGCUUGUCGAGUGCAUUUCAUCCCUUGGAACGCAUGUCUACUAUGCAGAUCAGAUUCAUGACCUGGCAGAAGAGGUAGUAGCCCGUCUAGUCAACGUCCAAGUCAAUGGCGUGCUUGGGCGUGGACGUGGGGGAAACGAGGCAGCUCGCGAGUCCGCAUUAAAGUGUCUGAUCUGCUGUCUUUCUGGUCUGACCGAGGCAGCCGAUCGACACGCUGCAAAGUACAAGGAGAAAUUGUUACAGGAUGACGAGGUUCCACCAUCAUCAAAUGCGACUGAAGGAGAUCGUCCACCGAGCGAGGCCACCUCUACUUCUAUUCGAGCAGCACGCCGUAAUAAAGUGAGCCCAGAGUCAUGGCAGGAAACUCUAGCGCUGCUGUGCGAAUCCAAUCAUGGAAUUCGGGCCAUGUAUGCGAGGGGCUUAGCCUCCUUCGUGCAGAAAGAGGUCAAGCGUGAACCGUUUGUCCAAGUGGAAGAAAACUCUGAGAACAUACUCCAUCGACGUGUGAAGAUUGUUGUGGAUCCAGAUUUCAAGGUUUCGAGUCGACCGUCUAUCCUCGCGUCUGACCCAGUCAGCCGUUUCCUCAAUGCACUACACGCGACCAUAUACACACUCGCUACAUCGACUGGUGGAAAUCAAGCUUCCUCACUCUCAGCUCGUUUGAAGCAACAAGACCCUAUCGAUACAGCGCUCCCCGGAAAGAUCAACGUCAUCCCGCCUUCGACCUCCAAUCUUCCGAGCCCUGAUACAUCGCAUCCAAUUGCCAUUGACUUUGUGGUCAAACCCCCAAGUCGGCCCGGCAGCCCUGUUGGCGAGCCCCCCAUGACCGCCGCUUCGGCUACGUCGACAAUUGCUUCUGCACCUGGAGCUGGGGAAGUAUCGCCCAUUUCGCCUAUGGAGUCUGGUCGCAGGAGAAGCAAUCACCACCAAAAUGGCACCCGUAAACUCUCAGUCGCACUGAGCCUGUUAGAAGGACCGCAAGUUGGUGUCAUGGCCACGCCAACAGACUUUACAUAUUUGAGGGAAAUCCUCAUAUGUACCCACCAGCAAGUCCCUUGUCGAGCCGUCUUGACAGGGGUUCCCAUGUUGCUUGCUUUGGAACAAGCAACUAGAAGAUCGUCGAAGGACGCAAAAAUGAGCAACUCGAAGGCGAUACGGGAGCUAGUCUGCCAUAUCUGGAUCGCAAUCGGCCAUGUCUGGGACAGUCCAACAGUCGUAGACAAAGCUACCAAGGCUCUCAGCUCUCUCAAUCCACCGACGAUUCCGGACAUUUCUCAGGUUCCACCCGUGGAUCUCAAAGUAAAAGAGCCACGUACUUCGGUCUCUCAAAUCGUCCAGGUAGAGGUUGUCGAAGAUUGUGGUCUAAUUGAUACAGAAGCCAUACUUCCUGCGUUGGCAUCGAGCUCUGGCUUGCAGUCGAUUACUGGUCUAGAUCGACAAAGCUUGCUGCGACGAUUCAUGAUUGAAUGGUCAGUUGAAGGUGCUCUCAAAGAUUCGGUUGAGCAUUCCUCUACACAAGAAAUUCUUAGGGGAGAGACUCCAUUCCUGAAGCUCUCACCCGCUUUCAUGCACAAAGACAACAUGUCGUUGGCAAGCCUUGCGCGUUCAACUCAUGGAGGCGUUGGCGUGGGAGACCUCAAGGAGGCGCUUGGACGCGGGAGCGUGUCGAACCCUGCACUAGCCACAGCAUCCCUCUCCUCUACAGUCGAACGCGCAUCGAGUAUAGCGAGGCACUUUGAUAAGCGCAACCACCCGGAACCAUUGGCAAUUAGCCGCAUCAAAAGCAAGGGCCGACGGGCGCAACCAAGUGAAGUUCGUGACGUUCCUUAA